AUCAUGAUGCAGCUGACCGUUGCAUGUUCAGGUAUGACAUGGGAGCAUGGACUACAGACAAGAUUGGAAGAAAAAAUAACAAAACAACACAACUAUGAGAUGUAAACUUUUUUAUAAAGAGCUUCAUUGAAACGAAUGCUCUCAAGCAAACAAUAAGAGCUGACUGAACCGUUGAGAAUUUAUGAUGAAGAGGAUUUUGGAUUGUUGCCUAAGUGGCUGGCUGAACUGGCCUCUUCUGCUCCCUUUCUUUGGUCCAUACGUCCACACGUGAGCAGCAGCACCAAGGACUCGGUCAACUCCAGUGUGGGUCGCUUCACAAGUUUUCUGCUAACUUAAUGUUCUCAGUCUCAACACUGGUCUUAAUAGGGGUGUCAUUUUUCACCCUUUUUUUUUUUGAAAGCCUACUUCCAUUUCCAUCAUCUGACAUCAACAUGGACUGACUGGCCUAAAUGGAAUAAGACAGGAAUGGACAAGAAGUUGACCCAACACCUCUUGCAUAACUUUAAACAUCACCGUGUGUCUAGACUUAAUUUUAUGGAUUUCACAGAGUGAAGGUUGAUGUGGGAAUCACACUUUUGUUGUUGUUGUUGGUGGUGGUGAGUUAGCCUAGCUGUGAAAAAUGAUUGUUUUUGAUAUUCAACAAAUAUUUUAGAUCUGAGGUUUAUGAAAGUCACUGAGCUGCGUGUGUGUUUCCAGUGACUGCUGGUUUGACUUUUUUUUUUCAUUUCAGGGUCCAUGUCUUGAAAGGAAAAUGUUAAAUGAUGAAUUUCAAUAAUUGAGCUACCUUCUUGCCGAUGUGGAUAAUAAUAAUUAUAGUAAUGGCUACUGUACAUAGGUUCUGGUGCAAUAGAUUUCUCAUGCCCAAUUUAUAAGUUUUGCAACAAACCACCUCUCGUGACUACUGCAUUACUGUUUGACUUUGGCCUAGUGAGAAGGAUUUGUGGAUGUAGUAGCCAUCUUUGCAUUAGCCCAAGCUGAAAAAGUAUUUCUGGUUACAGAAAAAAAAGAGGAGAGAAGCCCAAUUCUUGUACAGUCUCAGCCAACAAGAUUUCUUUUUUGUCUAAUUCACUUAUUGCAGGUUGUAGAGAACUUCCAUCCUGCGUUAUAGUAAGUUAUUUUUGUAGAGUUACUCCUUACGUUUUUCAAGACUCAGGACUGAGCUUUGAGAAAGGUGUCAUCAGUCCUGAAAACCAGGGUUUGGGAGAACACCUGAUGGCUUUGUGGUGUCCAACGCACAAGUCCUGCCUCAGAAUUCAACCUCAGUUUUCCCACACACCACGCUAUCCUCAAUAUACAUUUUCUCUUUCACCUCAGCUCUUCAGAUAAAUGGAAACUGGACAACUGUUUUUUACACAGCAAAACCACAUAUCUGAUUAUGUCAGACUGUUGCUGAUAAUAAAUACUGGGUUAUAGGAGUGCAGUGCUUUAUUUCUACACAUUAGGAGCUUGUGCUCUCUGCAGUCUGCCUUAUUUUUUUUCAAAGUUGUAUUUCAUGGGAGUAACACUCAGUUGUCAAAUGUAGAUAUGUGCUGUACAGAAAUUGAAAAUAGGACAAGCCCCUACCAAAACACUACACAGAUUUUUUUUUUUAUAAGUAGCGGGGCCAUGUGAAUGUGAGAAAUAAUAAUACAAUAAACAUUUAACCAAAAUAAUUUUUAAGCCAACACUCAUAGAAAAUGAAUUUUAAAAAAACAUUUUAUCGUUUAUAAAUGGUUUAACUCCCAUUAUUAUUGGUGACCAGUUGACAAUGUCUGACUCUUACUUUUAAAACUUGUCUACAUUAUAAUGUGUAGACUUUGAGUAACUAGAAUCUGCAUAUCAGAAAUGAUCAAACCUUAAAUUAAACUCAUCAAAUAUUUGCCUUUUAAAUGGUUUUGCACAUUUUAUAAAUUAAAAACCUUCACGGUGUAGCCAUUGUAUUGAUGAUGGCAUUUUUUGUUUUACAUGCUACAUUGAGGUAAGACAUACAUUUCAAAAUUAAAGAACAGAGAAUAUCACAGCUCCCAUUCUGAGCUGUGUUACAUCUAAAUUUAAGUUUUUCCCCAUCCCACUUUGAUCUUUUAGUAGUGUGUUUCAUGUUAUUACUGCCCUGAUACUGUGCUUGUUGUCACCCUCUGAGUCAUUUCAAUGAUUCAUUCAUAAUUAUGACUUAAGACAUAAGAAACUAUGCAUUAAAGUAAUCAAAAAUACACACAGUCAUGUUUCCACAGGGACACUGCAGCCAGAGAGCCACAGGUAACUUGAAAAGACUGUACAGACCAUUGGGAGUUUUGCACAAGGAUACAGUGUGCUCAAGGGCUUGUUUUCUUCCCUUGCAAACUGUGGAAUGAAUGUUUAAAAGGAAUUUGUGAAAAUGUCAACUGUUAACUAUUUAAGAUGUAUUUACUCUGAAAAAAAUGUGGCAAAUGUAAUACAGGACAGGAAUAAAGAUGUGGAGAUGAAACUCUUUUCGAUUUAAUUUUACAUAUAGUACUUCUGCUUGAGAUAUGAGACUUUUCUGCCACCUACAGACUGUUUCACUAGUAAACGGUCAAGUUGUCUUUUCUCAAUUUAACCAGAAUAUAUGACACCUCCUGUACUUUCCCAAUCACUUGACAGGAUCAUAAAAGUGCAGUGAAACAGUGAACAGCUGUGGUUCAAAGUCAAUCCUCAUGUUUACACAAGAGCUUUACCAUCAGUUCCUUCAUUUACAGGAAGUUGUUUGUUGUUGUUGUUCAGGGAAGAAGGAAACGUCAGUAUUUCUGGAAACGUAUCAUUUUGAGCAAUAAAAUUAUUGGUCGAGCAUUCGCUUUUUUUAAGUUCAACCAUUGUAUUUCCUUUGGCCAGCAUUCAGCGUGUAGCUUCACUCUCUUGGCUUGUAGGUGGUGCAAAGCAUACAUUUGAAAGUUGUUUUUUUCUAAAGUAUUGUGUGAUUUACUUAUUAUUAUUAAUAGUAGUAGUAGUGGCAAAACAAACCAUAUCAAAUAAAAAAUAAAAAAAAGAUAUAAGGAACCAUUUAGGUUGAUGACUUCCCUUUCUCCCAUAGUCUCCAAUAGUGCACAAAGACGUAUGUUAGUGAUUUAGCAGCAUGUUAUCUAUGUACUAGAAUGUAGCCUAAUGAUGACCAAAAGUACUGCAUUAGUGGUGCUGCAGCAGGAAGUGUGUUUGUUCUAUAGCCAUGUAGCCCAGCUAACACUUUUGAGGGCAAAUGACUUGCAUCACGAGAGGCCGUCCAGUUACUGGCUUUCAACGGUCAUAAAAAGAUAAGUGUUUGUCUAUAAAUCCAGGGCAGAUAGACAGACUGAACAGAGCAGAGGUGUGUAGGUGCUGUGAGAGAUACAGAAGUAUUAUUCUCCCCUAUUGGAUUAACUGCAACCAUGAUGUUCUCUGAGGAAAUGAUCAGGAAAAUGCUACCUAAGACCUAUUCACGCAAACAUGUGGCUCGAGAAGUAUUCAUUGCAAUAACCCACUUUGACACACUUGUGCCCAUCGUGGAUAAAUAUGUUUACAGUGAUGGAACUGCAAAAAACCUGAUGAGUCUGACUGGAACCCUGCCUGUCAUUUAUAAUGACAAGACCUACAACAUACCAGUGUGUACAUGGAUAGAGGAAAGUUACCCACAAACUGCUCCCAUCUGCUACGUCAGACCCACUCGUGAGAUGCUGAUAGUCAAAGGAAAGUACGUCUCCAGCAAUGGGGAGGUGGAGCUGCCUUACUUAGAAGAAUGGAAUAAGCGCAAAUGCAAUCUUGUGACCCUACUGCAAGUGAUGGUUGCCAUGUUCGGAGAGUUUCCCCCACUGUGUAUGCGACCUUUUUCCGAGCUUGAACAAGCCUCAUGUCGGCAUCAGUACCAAAGGCAAACUGAUGUGUUUUCAAACGCAGAUGGGAGUCUUUACAUAAACAUUCUUGGAGAAGACAAUCGACCUUUUCAGCAACACAACGAAACAAAUUGUUAGUUAUUUUUUGCUGAGUUAUUAUGUCUGCAAAUAUUUUUUAUUAUUUCCUGUGAAAUGUGUAAUUCCACGUGUGAUGUCAGAUGGUAUCCAUUUAUUGUUGGGGAGUUAUAAUAGUUGUAUAAAUGCCUGCUAAAAAUCCAUACCAGUUUUUUUUUGUUUUUUACUUUGGAACAAAUAUGUUUUUAUAUUUUUUUAUCUAAGCAAUAAAUGUG